GCGUCCGGAAGUGGAUUGACAGCUGCGGGGUCCAGUCCCGCUCCGCAGCUUGGCUGGGGGCGGGAGUCUCGGCUCAGGCUCCUCGGAGCUCAGCCUCCUCCUUCCUAGCCGCCGGGUAAGGCUAGAGGGCCGGAACCGGAAGUUUCCGUUCUACUCUCGGGCCUCGAGCCCCUCCGCUCUCUCGGCUCCUCUCACCCCCUAGAAUCGUCGGCGGGGGGGCGGGGGCGGUGUCUCGAGCCCCUUCAGUCCUGGAGGCCCCGCCAUGGAGCCCGCCGCGCCAGCACUGACCGAGGAGGACAUGGCCGAAGUAAAGAAGGAUGCUUUAGAAAAUCUGAGGGUGUAUUUAUGUGAAAAAAUCAUAGCCGAGAGACAUUUUGAUCACCUACGUGCAAAGAAAAUACUCACUAGAGAGGACACUGAAGAAAUUUCUUGCAGAACAUCAAGUAAAAAAAGAGCCGGUAAGCUGUUGGACUACUUACAGGAAAACCCUAAGGGACUUGACACUCUGGUUGAAUCUAUUCGACGAGAGAAAACACAGAGCUUCCUAAUAGAGAAGAUCACAGAUGAAGUGCAGAAGCUAAAGAUUCUCAAACUUGAGUAUCUGAAAGGAUUGAACCAUAAUAGCUAUAUGCCUCUUCCACCUGGAGCAACAAGUAGUCUGUCUAGAUUAGAUUCUAAUGAGUGCAAUUUCUCUGACAAAUUGAAAGAUGGAGAUGCCACUGUUGUUUACCAUCCAACAGGAGAGUCCAGCACAGCCUCCUUUUAUUCCAGCAAUACUUCAUUAAAUUUACCUGUUGUAGAGGUAGGCAGAACCGAAAAUAGUGUCUUCUCCUCAGCUCCCCUUCCUGGACCUGGAGACCCUGGGGCACCUCCUCUUCCACUAGAACCACAGUCAGAAGAAGAAGGAAAUUCCAGUGAUAUGUUUCUUCCCUUAAGAUCACGUUCUUUUUGCCAACAAUGACAGCUUACCACUUCUUUCAAAAAUUACUUCAGGAAUAUUUAAAAGGGUUUAUAAAACUUUAAGAAAACAGUUACUAUCAAUGCUUACUAACAACUUACUGUGGGAUUCUUAGUAUAUUUUCAUCGUGCUGUAUAAAUGGAGUGUUAAUGCAUUUUUAAGAAAUUAAAUAUAACACACAUUUGGUUAGACAUACUAUUGUUUACUUUUCCUGCUUUUUCGUUGUAGGAGUUUGAUGUUUUGUCUUUGUUUUGUCUUGUUUUGUUUUUUUUAAUAUGAUUUCAAUCAAAUUUUUGCAGCCAGGAACAAUUUCUUCAUAAUGUGACCAAUUGCAUUGGAUUUGCUGUAGUAAGACACUGUUUUAUCUUAGGAUGUGAGCCAAAAGUGGCCAGGCCCUACCUAAUAGUUCUCAGCAACUAUUUAGACUUCUUGCUGUAGAAUUUUAUAUAAUGCCUCUAUUCCUGAUAUAACCUUAAUGUGCCAGUAUCUUAGUUUGAUCAAAUAUGCUCAUCAUCAGGGACUUUAAUGCCUUUCUCAAGAUACUCAUGUUCUUAGUCAGACUUUUUUUAUCAUUCCGAAGAAAAAACUAUUAUAUAACGUAUCAAUCAUUUAUAUUUGAUGGAGGCAUUUUAUGUCUUUAGUUUCUGUACUUUCAGCCUCUUUAAGUUGUUGUCUGGAGUGUAGAUAAAAUCUUAGAACAAAUUUUUUUCUUAUAGCAAUUCAGUUUUAUUGAACACUGUUUGAAAUUAGGGCAUUUGCUGACAAUCUUAUCAUGUGGUCUUGUCAUUUAUUGUAAUAGAAUGCCACCUCUAUUACUCAUUUAUGUCACACUUUAUCUCAUACACAACUAAAUUUGCUGUCUUAUUAAUUUACUUAUCAGUUCCACAUAUAAGAUUGUUUUUAACCAUAUUGUUUGCAGUAAACAAAUGGUGGGAAUGCUAUUUGGUCAGUCAGUAAACAUUAAGUACCUACUAUGUACAAUGCUUAAGCACUGGGGAUGCAAAUAUAAAAAGGAAAAUAGUCCCUACCCUCACAGAGUUUAUAAUCCAAUGGAAUAUGGGAUAAGACACCAGCCAGAAGCUGGAGGAAGGUGGGAAAGAGUUAUCAUAGCCUUGGGGCAUGAUAGAGACCUAAAGGGAUGCAGCCUGGUGGAAAGUGAAGAGAUGACCAAUCUGGGUGCCCACCUCAAUAAGAGAGGCUCCACAGACUGAGAGUAUCGUUGGGGUGGGAGUACAAGAGUGGGUGCAGUCUUGCAGGAGGAUGCAGUUCUGAGGGAUGAUAGAGAAGUCACUAACAGUAUUUAUUAAUAUAAUAGUCUUAAGGAUACUAGAGGGUUUUUUAAAAAGUUAAAUUUCCUUUAAGAGUCCAAAUACCUAUUUCCAUUUUUAGAGCAAUAUACUAAACUUAAUUUAUUUUCAGGUGUUUGUGAUAUGUGUAAUUCUAGAAAAUAAUUGUGAAUUGUCAGCCACAAACUUGACCUACUAGAAUUUUUUUUUAUAAGAAUAGUUCUAAAGACUGAAUUAUUUUUGUCCAGGUAUUAGUUAUUUGAGACAUUUUAUUACAAGAGAAUAAUUGUGGUUAUCAUUUUAAAAGUUGAUUUACACAAUAGUUGUUUUUAAUUUCCUUAAAUAAUCAAUAAUAUCUUUCUCUUUAAAUGGUCUUUGAAAUGUUUUCUGUCAGCUUUACAUACCAUUCCUUAGGGUCUGUGUUGUUUUCCUACUGAAAUAAACAAAACCUGCCUAUCAGCUAUAAACCAUUCUUAGAUUCUGAUUAAUGAUACACAUAUAGUCCUAAUAUCCUUUUCACCCCUCUUUUUAAAAAGUCAAUACUGUUCUUUGGGGGGAAAUAAUUUAAGUUCUUUCAGGUCAAAAAAAUCAUGUUUAAAUGUAUUUUUCUUUUACAAACAAGGAUUCAAAUCACAAUUUAUUUGGGUACUCUGGAAUAUUCCUUUUGCAAGUUCUAUUCUUAUACAUUUAUAGUUUAUUUUGGAUCGUUAACUCACUGUAAAUUAAUAAUAUAGUAAAUAAGAUUUACACUAUCAUAAUCUGAGUUUUUUAAAAGGCCUUUAAAAUACUGAAAUGAUUUCUAGGGCCUAUAGAAUACUUAUAUUUAAAUUCUUAAAAACUGAUCAUUAUCUGAAUUUUAAAAGCAGUUGAGAUUACAGCCUAACAGGGUAGAGAAAAGCUGCUCUCCUGUGCUGCAUGCUGUCCAAUUAAAUAGCAUAUGUUAGCCUCUUAGGAUCUCUUUGACUUGAAAGCAACAAUAAAUCCUCCCCACAGUUUCCCCUCCAAAUAAGCACUCACCUCAGUCUGUUCACAUUGUCUUCACUAUAAUGAUGGAUGAAGGCGUUUUAUAACCUGACUCAUGAGAAACCAUGGACAACAUACAUUUAUCUCUCAUGUGCACAGAACUGUACUAGGUGCUAUGGUAAUUACAAACUAUGGUAGGCAUCAAUGCUCUGCAGGAAUUUGCACUGUUGAUGGAAAAAUCUAGUACUUGCAAAGAACGUAGCUUGGAUAUUACCAGCUUACUGGUAAUAUUUCCCUUCCCCCUCUCCACCUUUCUCUUGUCCAAACCUGCUGCUAUUAAAAUUUAUAACUAGAAAUUGUUAACGGGAAACUUGUAAUAAUUUGUAUUCUGGACCAAGGGUCCCUACCUUCUCAAAGCCACAGAAAGGAUUCUGUGGUUAUGAUAUUUAGGGAAAUCUACAUAUUGAAUAACUAAGCUCUCAUCACCUAUUUUGACUUGGGGAGAUUUGGGAACAGACAUUGCUCAUCAUUCAUCAUUAGCAAAAGUAUUCAUUUGGGCAUAAAUUAAAUAGGAGAGAAUGAACAAAAUUAUAUUAUGAGUCCCAAUAUUUUCUUAAUGUGUAAGAACUAGGGAGAGGCAGCUAGAUGGUGCAGCGGAUAAAGCACCAGCCCUGGAUUCAGGAGUACCCGAGUUCAAAUCUGGCCUCAGAGACUUGACACUUACUAGCUGUGUGACCCUGGGCAAGUCACUUAACCCCAAUUGCCUCACACCCCCCCAAAAAAAAAGGAACUAGGGAAAAAAAAAACCUGACUGGUCUGUGUUUAAUCUCCCCAGAAGAGGGAGCAAUACAAGUUAUAGAAAAAAAAUUAUGUUUUCAAAGUUACUUUUUAAAUGUAUUCUGAAGAGUUAAUCGUUGCUAUGCCAGAUAAUGCAAAUAUUAAAUUUUAAGUGGUUACUACAUAAAAAUAUUUUUUCAAGAAGUUUAUAAAGUAGAAAUUAAUUAUAUUUUUCUAGUACCCUAGAAUAUUUGUCAUAGUUGAGCUUUUUUACUGUAGAAAAAAUGUUUCUACUUAGUUUAUUUUCAAUUUUUCUGAGUUACCUAGAAACUAAGGAAUUAUGUCCCACAUUUUCAAAAUAUUCACUGCAAUAUAUUUGCACUAAAUUGUGGCUGUGAAAUAUAAAUAGAUUACAAAAACUUAAGUCAUGUAGAUUCAAAUUCUGGACAAGGUCUCAAAUCUCUUGAGUAUACUAAAUAGUAUACUAAAUGUUUAAUUUUCAGUGUUUAAAUUAAAGCUCAGUUAAGUGGAAUGUUCCAAAAUUGAGGGGCGUCUAAAGGUCAUUCAGAAUACCUCAGUAUCAUUAUUGUGAAACUGGUCACUGAAACAGUAUUGUAGAUUUUAAGUGUUUAGGAGUUUAAGUCCAAGUCAUACGGGCCACAGGAUAUUCCCUGAGUGUUUAGGGAGUUUCUUUUUCUUGUGAUUUACAGUCCUUUCUGAAAUGUGCCUUGGCUAGUCCUUGGACAGAGGCAAUCAUUGGCUUCAGUUUGGUUGACUUCCAGAAUAAGGGAAUCGUGUUCUUUUGAAAGGAGUCAAUUUUUAGAAAAAAUUUAGCAGAUUUUCUUUUAGUUUUUAAUAAGUUUGUGUUGCUGAAAAAGUAAAGUAGGUAUUUCCAUUUCCAAUAUGAAGUGCCUUAUAUUUCCAGGUUAAUCAAAUAAGAUUAUCCAGAGUUUAAAAAGUACCUUUUGGACCUCCUUUGUGUUUUUUUAAUGGGAUAAAAAUGUGACUGAAAGUCAGAAAUAUGAAAUAAAUGGCAUAAAAGGCAUUGAAUGUAAGAGAAUUGGAGGAACAUGUAAUAUUAGGAUAAUCCAGUGGGAAUAUAUUUCUAAAUGCAAAAGUAUGUUUAAUAAAGAUGAAAAUUAUUAUUUUGCUUCUUUAA